AUGGCAAGUCAUGGCGUACCUCGUGUACAACCAGCAACAGAUCGGGACCAGAAGAAAGAGCAACAGAAAAUCAAGGACUACAAGGGAUUAGUAGAUUCUGUGAACGAUGGAAUUCGAGGAUAUCAGUGCACCACCAAGACUUUAGAACUGACAUCCAAAUUGCUGAAAUGGAACCCGGAGUACUAUACAAUCUGGAACCAUCGCCGUCUGAUACUCAAGCACCAAUUUGAGCAUCCAGAUCCUCAAGUUACAAACGCUGUUGCCGGUCCCGACCAUGAAACUGUCAUGAAUACCAUCUCCGAUGAACUUGCUUUCCUCAUUCCUCUGCUGCGAAAGUUUCCAAAGUGCUACUGGAUAUGGAACUAUCGUCUCUGGCUCCUCAAAGAUUCCACCCGGCUUCUUUCAGUACUUGAAGCACGCAAAUUCUGGCAGCAGGAGCUUGCGCUAGUAGGCAAGAUGCUGAGUCUUGACAGCAGGAAUUUCCAUGGCUGGGGCUAUCGAAGGACCGUUGUUUCAGCUUUGGAGUCGAUCGCGCUCCAAGCUGAAGGCUCAGCCACGAGUAUGACAGAAAUAGAGUUUGAGUACACGACGAGGAUGAUCAACUUGAACCUGUCAAAUUUUUCUGCCUGGCACAAUCGGAGCAAAUUGAUCCCUAUACUUCUCGAUGAGAGAGGGGCAGACCAUCUUGCAAGGCGAAAUUUUCUGGACGAAGAACUCGAGCUGAUCGAGCGAGCGCUAUGGGCGGGUUCUGAGGACCAAUCUCUAUGGUUCUACCACCAGUACCUGAUGUGUACGUUUGACCGAAAGUAUGCUGCCGAGUCGAUGGCACCGGAUCUUACAACAACUGAAAGGUCAACCUAUGUCCGCGAACAGAUCCUCAAAGUCCGUGAUAUGCUCGAUGGCGCCGAGGACUGCAAAUGGAUCUAUCAAUCGUUGAUUAGUCUAAGCAUCUUAUAUCGCGAUCUUGGAAAUGAAUCGAUUGAGAAAGAGGUCGCUAUCGAGGACUACAUUGCUGAGCUUAUAAAAUUGGAUCCUUUGAGGGCCGGGAGGUGGAACGACUUGAAAAGCCAGACAACCUGA